AUGGAUCACCCCGACGUAGUCGCGCAGGCCUUCCAAACUCCCGCGUGCACCACAUGGGACAAUUAUCACUACGAUGAAGCCAUGCAAGCACGCUGCGAACGCAGUCUACGUACGCGAGUGUCCCCAGGUCAUGAGGGUGUCUCACAGAAACUCUGGAUUGCUGCCCCGACGUGCAUCCGAGAAAGGGAACGAACCAUCAUCAACCUGAUCCUACGCACGGGCCUUGUCCCCCCGAUCCUCGGACGCAAACGGAUGAUAUACCUCGCCAAAUCGGCCACCGCCCACGGUGUGGUAAAUCUCGACCCUGGCCUUCCUCUUUGGCGCCCCAUCACUGUUCAGAGUGCUUUCAGCAACCGCAUCUUCACCGUUGUACGGGAUUACAUCACCCCCUGCAUAUCCAACGAGGAGAUGCAACACGGCUUUCAGCGGGAUUGCACAGUCCAGGACGCAGCCGCGCUCACCUCCCUACUCAUCGAACGCGCACAACGCCGGCAGGAAGAGCUCUUCCGUAUAUCCAAGGCCGACACGGGUGCCAACCUGUAG